AUGGCUUUUCUAAAAAGUCAUCCAAAAAUAUGGGCUAUCGCACAUGAACCAAUCAUUCUUGGUCUCAUCUGUAAUUUAUGGAAUAGUGAAUAUUUCCCUACAGCCACACGAAUGACACUGACUUCACUUUAUAGUAAUAUCAUUCAGCACCUAUUACGGUGUUCUUUAGAAAAUCAAACAAUUGAUACGAGCUAUAUGACCAAUGAUGAGAUAUAUGAAAACUGUAAACAAGAAAUGUUACUGUUACAAACAAUUGCAUUUGAAGGAAUGAAACGAAAUAUGUUGCAUUUAAAGAAAGAAAUAAUACAAAAUGCAUUAAGAAAAAUCGAACCAGAUCCAGCCAACAGAGCUGCAGUAGCAAACAAACUGAAUAAAAUCGGUAUCCUUAAACGUUUAGCUCGAAGCGAAUGUAGCAAGAUACAUGAGAUGGAACAGGUUUACUUUUUUAUUCAUUCGAGUUUUCAACAAUACUUUGCCGCACAAUAUUUAACAGAUAAUCUUAUUCAUAAUAUGGACGAGACGAUCCAGUUCAUCCAAAUUCAAAAAUACAACAAACGAUAUCAACUUUUAUAUUCGUUUAUGUCUGGUCUAGUCAUAGAAAAGCCGUCAUCAUUAUAUAUGGAAAUAUUCUGGAACGUUUUCUGUGCGCAGCCACUUGAUUUGGUAGGCAUGAGACAUAUGGAAUUAGUUAUUACGUGUCUGGACGAGACAGGUGGGAGAAAUGUAUUUCCUCUGCGUGAUUUGCUAUUAAAUAAAAUCGCAGAUUGCUUUAAAACUUGCCUGUCAAAGAAAGCUGCAGUAUCAGAUAAAAUUAUUCAUCUGCUACGAAGCAAUCUUUUCGUACAACGAUCACAACUAAUUAAUGAUAUUCUAAGUUAUGCAUUUAAGAUGAAAAGUACAACAGCACGAAAUAUUGCAAGUUCUCUGACAGAAGCGGCAAUUACAUCAGAAUUGAUCAAUACCUUGGUAAUGGCAAUAAAUGAUCCGGAUCAUAAAACUCAAUCUAUAGCUGCUUCGGUUCUUGAAGGGUUGGUCAAAACAAAACUCACAUCCCAACUGCUCAACACAGUGCUGUGCGUCUUGAAGCACCAAAAUAUUGAGAUACGACACAUUGUUGGUUCAGCUCUUCAAGUAGUAGUUCGGAAUAAUCUCUUACCUACAGUAAUCGUCACCUUGGUGAAUGCACUUAAAGAUGAAGAUCGUCUUGUAAGAGAAUAUGUAGCUUUAGCUCUUGGAGAAUUAGAUCACAAAGCGGUUACUAUUGAAGUAUUAAAUGGACUACUUGUAGCGUUGAAGGACAAUAAUGAAAAUGUUAGAAAAAAUGUCGCUUUGGCUCUUGGAAGAUUAGGUGAUAAGGCAGUUACCGCUGAAGUAAUAAAUGGACUACUCGUAGCGCUGAAGGACAAAAAUGAAAAUGUUAGAGAAAAUGUCGCUUCGACUUUCAAAGAAUUUGGUGACAAGGCAUUUAUGCCUGAAGUCUUAAAUGGACUACUGCAAGCUCUAGAAGAUCAAAAUAGUAAUGUCAAAAGAAACGUAGUUGCAGCUCUCGGAAAGUUAGGUGGCAAGGAUGUCACGAUUGUAAUAAUCGCCAAACUACUGCAAACACUGAAAGACCAAGAUAACGGUAUCACAUCCAACGCUAAGUCAAGUUUGAGGGCUUUAAUCGCUAAAGAGCCAUCCCCUGAGGUGAUUAAUAUGUUAAUACGGUCACUGAAAGACAAUGAUCAUCAUGUUAGAGGGCCUGUCGCUUCCGUUCUUAAACAAAUAGGUAAUAAAGAAGCCACAAUCGAAGUGAUUGAUGAAUUACUGCUACUAUUCAAAGACCGAGUUGAUGAAGUCAGAUGGGCUGCCGCUGGAAGUCUUCGUAAACUGAUUACUGAAAGAUUCGUUCUUCAUGCGAUCAACAGCUUACUGGAAAUGCUUAAAUGUCAAGAAUUUCAAACAUGUGCCUAUUGCACUCUUAAAGGAUUAGUGGAAGACCAAGCUAUAACCGAAAUGACCAAACCGAUACUUGCAGUAACGAAGCACAAAGAUCGUAAUGUAAGAGGUUGUGCACAUUUUCUUCUUCAAAAAUUGGGAGAAAAAGGAGCUACCGUCGAAGCGAUCAACACCUUACUAGUAGCAUUGAAAUGUGAAGACGAAGAUGAAGAUGGAAAUGUUAGGCUAAGCUUGAAAACGCUGAUUAAAGCAACCUCAUCGCCUCCAAUAAUCAACAUUUGGUUAAAUGCACUAAGAGACUCAGAUUAUCGUGUAAGGGAAUGCUUAGUUUCGGUUCUUCCAAAGUUGAAUGACAAAUCAGUAACUACUGAAAUAAUAAGUCAACUAUUGCAAGUCUCGAAGGACGAAAAUAAAACUAUCAGAAUAUAUGCGGUUAGGGCUCUUGGACAGCUAUGUCGCACGGUAGCUUUGCCUCAAGUGACUGAUAGGCUAGUCGAAGUUUUAAAGGAUCCAAAUUAUGAUGUAAGAUGUAGUGCAGUAUUGGCUCUUCAUGGAUUAGAAGCGAACGCAUCUACAUCAGAAGUGAUAAAUGAAGUACUGCAAAUCCUGAGUGAUCAAAGUCCACAUGUUCGAGAAAAUGCUAUAUGGGUUCUAGGAGUAUCACGCGGCAAGACUGUCCUACCUGAAGUGAUCAGUGGACUACUAGAAGCUCUAAAUGACAAAAAAAGUGGUAAACAAUUUCGUGCUGCUUCGGUUAUUGAAAGGUUAGGUGUCAUGGGUGUCAUGGCCGUCACACCUGAAGUGAUCACUGGUCUUCUCCAGGCAAUGAAGGAACAAGAUAGUGAUUUAAAAUGGCGUGCAGCUUAUGCUCUUGAGAUAUUAGUAAAAAAAAAUCCAACUCCUGAAGUGAUUAAUAUAUUGAUCCAAAUGCCACGGGACCAAGAUUCCCGUGUAAGAUGCGAUGUCAUUAGAGCUCUUGGAGAAUUAGGUCAAAAGAAAACUACACCGGAAGUACUCAAUUGUUUACUGCUUGCAGUAGACGACCCAUCUGAUGAUGUUCAACAGAAAGCGAUUUCUGUGUUACGCAGUUUACAACUAAAUAGUGCUGUUCUUUCCAAACUGAAUACAAAUAUACUGAGAAAGCUUACCACAUGUAAUUAUGUCUUCUAUAGAACAUCUCUCUUUGAACUAAUUAGUGCCUACACGGAAACUCAGAAUGAUAUUUGGCCUUCUGUUAUUUUUGAACAAGCAUUAGGAAUGGGAUUUGGUAUAACUUUAGUCGAAGAUAAGAUCUUUGUUUUUGAGAACGAAGACAUAGCCAGCCAAGUAGACAUAUCCUCUUCCAUGACACGUACGGCAUCAAAAGCCCUUAUUCAGUCGUUCCUCGAUCAAGCAGAAGAAUAUCGUUUGAGAUGGGAAUGA